AUGGAUGUAGAAGAAUUCUUGGCAUAUAUGCAUUAUGAAUCUCAGCAGUAUAUCCCUAUAAAGCAAGAAGUAGAAAUAGUCUCAGCAAAAGAAGUUUCUAAAAAAGUUCCGGUAAAAUUGAAAAAUUUAAAAGAAAAACAAGCUGCAAAAAGGAAGAAUCAAAAGGCAGAAAUAGUUAAAAAGGAGAUCAAGAUUGAGAAAGAAGAAUCUGAAAAGCCUGUAUCUGUGAAUCUUGAACCAGUGUUUAAGAAAGAGGUUACAAAAAACACAUCUAUCUUUGAUCAUUCAUCAGAAGAAGAAAGUAAGAAUGAAAUUGUUCAUGAAGAGAAGAAACAGGUUGAAAAGAUUUCAGCUUUGAAGGUUGAAACAAAAGCUGAUGAUAAACAGAUUCCUAGGAAAUGCUUAAACUGUGAGAAAUCUGAAUCAGGAAAAUUAUAA